AUGGCCACAUUUGGUCCCAGAUCAGAUCAGUCCCAACUGGUUUUACUGUUGCUGGGUGAGACAGAAAACGGGAAGAGCUCAGCAGGAAAUGCCAUCCUCUCAGGAAGAGCUUUUAACGGGAAAACCACCCGGAGCUGCCGGAGGAACGCCACCGUCUUAGGGUUCCAGGCAAAUAACUCGGCUUACAGCCUUGCUCACUUCAAUGGAAAGUUGUCGAUACUAACUUCGAGCUCCCUCCACCAGGUGGCAGUGGUGGACACCCCAGGGUGGAUGCCCAACUCCACUACUCCACACUGGGUGUCUAAGGAGCUGGGGAGAGCUCUCACCCUGUGCCACCCAGGACCCGAUGCCAUCCUGCUGGUGCUGUCCAUCUCCUCCGUGUUCGGUCAGGACGAGUGGAGAGCCAUGGAGGCCCACCUCAGACUGCUUGAAACACCCAUCUGGAGUCGCGCUAUCAUCCUAUUCACUCACGGGGACCAAUUAGGACACCUGUCAAUCCAGGAGCAUAUACAGCGACAGGGUCGGACUCUGCAGUGGCUGCUGGAGCGAUGUGGACACCGGUACCAGGUUAUGUCCAGCCAGUCCAGUACGGCACAGUUUCACGUUGGACAGCUCAUUUGGAAGAUUCGGAAGAUGGCAGAGGUUUCAGAGCAGAUCAGAGAGAUAUCCUUCAGAGUGAGAACCCAGCUUGGAGUUCUGAAUGUGAGGGUGGAACAGUGGUGGAACACGAGGCAGCAGGUAUAUGAUAAUCGUCCAGGACAAAGACAAGAGAGUGGCUCAGGAGGGCAAAGAGGCACAGACGGUUUGAGGCCUGCACUCAGCCUCAUCCUGCUGGGAAGGAGAAAAUCAGGGAAGAGCUCCGCAGGCAACAUGAUCCUGGGCAGAGAGGAGUUUCAGAGGGACAAAAAGACAGUUCAGUGCGAUGCGGGGCACGCAGAGAUCUCAGGGUGGUCUGUGACGGUGGUGGACACCCCUGGGUGGAGUCUGUUUGGUCAGGCUAAACCUGCGCAGGUGAAGAGAGAGAUCCUGAAGAGCCCGUCGUUCUGUCCUGCUGGGAGCAAAGUGAUCUUCCUGCUGGCUGUUCCUGUGGACUCAUUCUCAGAGAAGGACAGGAAGGCGGUGGAGACGCACGUCAGAGUGCUGGGGGACGGCGUGUGGGGAAGCUGUGUGGUGCUGUUCACCUAUGGAGACGCACUGAAGGGAAGGACAAUUGAGCAUCACAUAAAAAAGAAGAAAGAGUCUCUGCAGUGGGUGCUGGACAUGUGUGACCAACGGCAUUAUGUUUGUGAUACGAACAUGAGCGACUUCACGCAAGUGAAACAGCUUCUUGAGAUGGUAUACAAGUACAAUUUUAAAACCUGACUUUUCCCCUAAAUUAAAACUAUGUUUAUCUUAUCUGGCUCCAUGAAGACUUUUGUACUGAUGCAGCUCUUUUCCGGGUCACGUUGGUACCUGCGGGGUUCCCCUACUGUCUUUAAAAAUGUGAUAAAUGUGCAGGAAACAUUGAUAUCUGCAUUUUUUACAGGUUUGUUCCGUCUGUCUAUCAGCAACAGCAGCAGAAGCUGCGUGUCACAAAGUGUGCAAAGACCAAAUAUACAGUUGGGUCCAGUUCUAAACCAUGAAGUGAAUUGAUUAUAUACUUGGCUGAUUGGCAGGAUAGUAGUGUGUAUAUGUGAUGAGAUUAAAAUAAUCCAGAUGCAUUGCAGGAUCAGGUCUGAUAACAUGUUGUGAGUGGCUUAUUAAACGUACCACAGAAGCCAGGCUCCACCAAUAAGUAAAUAAUUUUGGCCUGAUCUGGCUUGAAUUUUGAGCUAUGGAGCUAAAUUCUAACAAAAAAAAA